GACCCAUAAAACCCUACAAAAUCAUGCAAAUCAAGAAGUUCAAAUCUUCAUGUUCACUUUAAGAACACCCAGGAAACUGCCCAGACCAUCAAGGGUAUGCGUAUCCAAAAAGCCACUAAAUGUCUGAAAGAUGUCACUUUAAAGAAGCUAUGUGAGCCAUUCCAGUGGUAUAAUGGUAGAGUUGGGAGGUGCACCCAGGUCGAACAAUGGAGCUGGACUCAGGGUUGGUGGUCAAGAAAGAAUGCUGAAUUUUUGCUGCAGAAUGCAUUACAAAUGCAGAAUAAUUCUCAACUUAAGGGUUUAUAUGUAGAUACUCUAGUCAUUGAACAUACCCAGGUAAACAAGUCACCUAAGAUGCACCGAACUUACAGAGCCCAUGGCCAGAUUAACCCGCACAUGAGCUCCCCCUGCCACAUUAAGAUGAUCCUCACUGAAAAGGAGCAAAUUGUUCCAAAGCCAGAAGAGGAGGUUGCGCAGAAGAAAAAGAUAUCCCAGAAGAAACUGAAAAAACAAAACUGA